AUGGCCCCUACACAGCACGAUCUGCCUCCCCACGCUGCAACGGGGAAGGACGAUGCACCCGUUGUGGUGGUCACGGUGCUUAUGACAUUAAUCGCGACAAUAUUCAUCGGCCUAAGACUAUAUGGAUGCCUCUUAAUUCUGCGCCGACGUCUUUAUUUGGAAGAAUGGCUCAGCGUGAUCAACCAGAUCGACCUGUGGCUGACGGCAGCAUUGGUUAUCAAAUUGUACACAAAAACAGCGGCUGGGCGACGAUGGGCAACACUAUCUGACUCUGAGCGGACCAAAGCCGUCUUCUGGCAUAACGUCCUCACAGCGCCGUCCGUCCUGGGGCUUGGCCUGCCAAAGCUCACCGUUGUGAGCCUCCUGACUCGAGUAUUCAAACCAGGACAACUGCAUCAGACCAUUCUUUGGGUGUCCGCCAUUUUAUGCGUCGUCAACUUUGUUGUUGUCAUCUUACUGGCCUGGUUGCCCUGUCGUCCUAUAUCUGCAGCGUGGGAUGUUAGUAUAACAGCUAAAAGAUGUCUGGACCCCUGGAUCUAUGUUAAAUUCUGCUACUACGCCACGACUUUCUCAGCCGCCCUCGAUCUCUACUUCGCAUUGUAUCCCGCGUUUGUCUUCCGCAAGCUUGGAUGGAAUAUCCGGAAGAAGUUGGUGCUGUCUGGGGUCAUGGGACUUGGAAUCUGUGCAACCGCAGUGGCGGUAUAUAAGAUCACGACUCUCAAAGUUCUCGCCUUUACUGACGACUUCACCUAUGAUGUUUCCACUGCCAUUAUUCCCACUGUCGUCGAGGCGAAUACGAUCAUGAUUGCCGCGUGCAUGUCAACAUUACACCCUGUCUACGAGCUUGUGUGUCAGAAGUUCAGGCGCCAGACGCCGGGCGAAGACGGUGUCGGCCCUGCACACCGACACGGUAAUGCGGACGAAAGUCCAUCUGGUGCAAAGCGGGGGUUCUGGUCAAUGUUGUUAGAAAGGGAUUUAUGGACUGAAUCCACGAUAGUCACGCGCCUGAGCCAAAGCCGAAGCCAGAGGAGGACAGUCCAUGCUUCCGAGCACGAUGAGACGACUGCCAUCCCUAUUCGCACGCUAGAGGACGCACAAAACACCCAAGCUGCUGACGAAGGAUUGGCGCGUGAGUCCAGGGGGGAUAAAGCGCUCACCAAGCUCUAUCAUGCGGGACUGGUGCCAUAUUCCGGCCGUUCCUAA